UGUUGAUUUAAGGCUCGGCUCCUGCAGGCCUUCUGCCCACAUUCUGCGGCGCCCGCGUCCCCCGGUGAAUCCAACUCCGGGUUUUAUGAUCCACAUGCACGAAGAGGCCGCGCCCGGAACCGCUAGCCCGGGGAGGGGACCUGGAGCGCCAUCCGUUCCGCUGAGGUCUCCGCCCUCUUCAGUCCCCUGGCCAAGGAGCACUUGGGACCUCAGUCCCGUGAGAGCGAGUGGCCCUGCCGAGAAGACCCACAGCGCCUGCUCCUUCGAGCCUUAGCGAAGUGAGCUCCCCCGGAGCCAAACUUUCAGGGAAACCGAAGCUUCGCAGACCGGGGAGGGACCUUCCCCUGCAGACGCCUGCUCUGCCUUCAGAUCUCGGCUACAGUGGCACCUCCCAGCCAAACCUCUCCUCACCAAGCCAUCUGAAUUAGUGACCCAAUCAUUCUCCAUCACAUCACACUGAUUUAAUACUCAACAGGACAUUUAUUUCAGCCUUGUGGGACUUAUGUUUGUUUUCUCUCUCUGGAAUGUCCGCUCCACGGGGUAAUGACGUGGUAUUUCGGCGCAGUGCCAGGUUCCCGGCUCCUAGGGCUUGGCCCGGCUGGGACGCAACAGGCCGUCACAUUUGCUUAAUGACUGGCCGCUGUCCUGGGAACUGCAAGAGACAGGGCAGCGGGCCUUCCCUGAGGGGCGGGGCUUGUUCCAGCCACGCCUACGACCCACCCCGAGGCCUAACCGGCUCCUCCCUCUUCUUCCAGGAGUCCGCCUGAGUCUGGGCGGGGCUCUUUCCUCCAGUUUCCCGUGCUCUUUCUACAGCUGUCGCGAAAACCCGGAGCGGCGGAUCUCAGAGCGGCGGAGCGGCGCCGCUCCUCGCGGCACCUCCCCAACAGCCCUCGGCGCCGCGCUGGGCAUGCUCAGUCCGCAGGGCCGCUUCAGCUCUCGGAGUAGGAAGCUUGGGCGCUCCGGCUGUAAGGAGCCGCGGCAGGGGGAAAAUGGAGCCCUUCACCAAUGAUCGGCUUCAGCUCCCCAGGAAUAUGAUUGAAAACAGCAUGUUUGAGGAAGAACCAGAUGUGGUGGAUUUAGCCAAAGAGCCUUGUUUACAUCCUCUAGAGCCUGAUGAGGUGGAAUAUGAGCCCCGGGGUUCACGACUGCUGGUGCGGGGUCUUGGUGAGCAUGAGAUGGAUGAGGAUGAAGAGGAUUAUGAGUCGUCCGCAAAGCUGCUGGGCAUGUCCUUCAUGAACAGAAGCUCAGGCCUUCGGAACAGUGCAGCCGGCUACAGGCAGAGCUCAGAUGGCACUUGUUCAGUCCCCUCUGCAAGGACCAUGGUGGUCUGUGCUUUUGUUAUUGUGGUUGCUGUUUCCGUAAUCAUGGUGAUUUAUCUACUGCCCAGAUGUACCUUUACCAAAGAAGGCUGCCAUAAAAAAAACCAGUCAAUGAGACUGAUUCAGCCAUUUGCGACAAAUGGGAAGUUGUUCCCAUGGGCACAGAUCAGGCUUCCCACUGCCAUUAUGCCAGUACGCUAUGAACUUAAUCUCCACCCAAACCUCACCUCGAUGACAUUCAGGGGCUCUGUGACCAUUUCCCUCCAGGCUCUUCAGGCCACAUGGAAUAUUGUUCUUCACAGCACAGGCCAUAAUAUUUCAAGAGUGACCUUUAUGUCUGCAGUUUCAAGCCAAGAAAAACCAGUUGAAGUCCUGGAAUACCCAUUUCAUGAACAAAUCGCCGUUGUUGCCCCCGAAGCCCUUCUUGAAGGGCACAAUUAUACCUUGAAGAUAGAGUAUUCAGCAAAUAUAUCUAGUUCUUACUAUGGGUUUUAUGGCAUCUCCUACACAGACGAAAGUAAUGAGAAAAAGUACUUUGCAGCAACUCAAUUUGAACCCUUGGCAGCAAGAUCUGCUUUUCCUUGUUUUGAUGAACCAGCAUUUAAAGCCACAUUUAUCAUCAGGAUCAUAAGGGAUGAGCAAUACACUGCUUUAUCAAAUAUGCCUAAGAAGUCGUCAGUCAUUAUGGAAGAUGGACUUGUUCAGGAUGAGUUUUAUGAGAGUGUGAAGAUGAGCACUUACCUGGUUGCUUUCAUUGUGGGCGAGGUGAAGAACCUGAGCCAGGACAUAAAUGGAACCCUGGUUUCUAUAUAUGCUGUCCCAGAGAAGAUUGGUCAAGUUCACCAUGCCUUGGAAACAACUGUGAAGCUUCUUGAGUUUUAUCAAAACUACUUUGAAAUCCAGUACCCACUAAAGAAAUUGGAUUUGGUGGCUAUUCCUGACUUUGAAGCAGGAGCAAUGGAAAAUUGGGGUUUGCUCACCUUCCGAGAAGAGACACUUCUGUAUGAUAAUAGUACUUCUUCAGUGGUGGACGGAAAACUGAUUACUAAAAUCAUCGCUCAUGAGCUGGCCCAUCAGUGGUUUGGUAAUCUGGUAACAAUGCAGUGGUGGAAUGAUGUGUGGCUAAAUGAAGGUUUUGCUACUUUCAUGGAGUAUUUCUCUUUGGAAAAAAUAUUUGAAGAGCUCUCCAGUUAUGAAGAUUUCUUAGAUGCUCGAUUUAAAACCCUGAAGAAAGAUUCCUUGAAUUCAUCUCAUCCAAUAUCAUCAUCAUCUAUUCAGUCUUCAGAACAGAUUGAAGAAAUGUUUGAUUCUCUUUCCUAUUUUAAGGGGGCUUCCCUCUUAUUGAUGCUGAAAACUUACCUGAGUGAAGAUAUAUUUCAACAUGCUAUUAUUCUUUACCUGCAUAAUCAUAGCUAUGCAUCCAUUCACAGUGAUGAUCUGUGGGAUAGUUUUAAUGAGGUCACAAACAAAACACUAGAUGUAAAGAAAAUGAUGAGAACUUGGACCCUGCAGAAAGGAUUUCCUUUAGUGACUGUUCAGAGAAAGGGAAAGGAACUUCUUGUACAACAAGAAAGGUUCUCUUUAAAUAUGAAGCCUGAAAUUCAGCCUUCAGAUGCAAGCUCUCUGUGGCAUAUUCCACUGUCCUAUGUCACUGAUGGAAGGAAUUAUUCAAAAUAUCGAUCGAUAUCAUUACUGGACAAGAAAUCAGGUGUCAUCAAUCUCACAGAAGAAGUGAAGUGGGUCAAGGUCAAUACAGACAUGACUGGCUAUUACAUUGUACACUAUGCAGAUGACGACUGGGAAGCACUGAUCAAACAGCUGAAAAUAAAUCCUUAUGUCCUGAGUGACAGAGACCGAGCCAGCCUCAUCAAUAACAUCUUUGAACUUGCAGGCCUAGGCAAGGUGCCUCUUCAGAGAGCUUUUGACUUGAUUGGUUAUCUUAGAAAUGAGACCUAUACUGCACCCAUCACUGAAGCCCUGUUCCAGACGGAACUAAUCUAUAACCUCCUUGAGAAACUGGGGCACAUGGAUCUGGCCUCAAGACUGGUGGCCAAGGUGUUUAAAUUGCUUCAAAGCCAAGUCCAGCAGCAAACUUGGACUGAUGAGGGCACCCCAUCUGCUCGAGAGCUUCGGUCAGUCUUGCUAGACUUUGCUUGCUCCCACGGCCUGGAGAACUGCAGCACUACUGCCAUGAAGCUGUUUAACGAUUGGUUGGCAUCCAAUGGAACCCGAAGUCUUCCUACUGAUGUCAUGACAACUGUGUUCAAGGUUGGAGCAAAAACUGAGAGCGGCUGGACAUUCCUCUUAAGCAAGUAUGUCUCUGUAGGCUCUGAAGCAGAGAAGAAUAAAAUACUUGAAGCUCUUGCCAGCUCAGACGAUGUGCGGAAACUUUACUGGUUAAUGAAGGACAGCCUCAGUGGAGACACCAUCCGAACACAAAAGCUGUCAUUUAUCAUCAGAACAGUGGGCCGACGUUUUCCUGGACACUUACUGGCAUGGGAUUUUGUCAAAGAGAACUGGAAUAAGCUUGUACAGAGGUUCCAUCUGGGGUCCUAUACCAUACAAAGUAUUGUUGCUGGAUCAACUCACCUGUUUUCAACAAAGGCACAUUUAUCUGAGGUCCAGGCAUUCUUUGAAAAUCAGUCGGAGGCAACCUUUCGACUUCGUUGUGUCCAAGAGGCUUUGGAAGUCAUUCAGUUGAAUAUCCAGUGGAUGGAAAAGAACCUUAAAACUCUGACGGCUUGGCUGUAGCAUGCACACUUGCACCUCACUUUGUCACCCAUUUGGAGAGCUUGUUAACUUGGGCUCUGCUGCUUUUGCAAAAGCCAAGGUGAAGCCAGGAUCGCUGCUGAGUUGUUUGCACUCCUAGGAGUUCUAGUUUGCUCAGGGCCCAUCUGUAUUUUUCAUCUGUCUUUUCUGAAACAUCUUUGGGCAGUAGGUAGUUACUUAUAACCAAAUUACAUUUACCUCUAUGCCAACCAUCUACAAAAACAAUGGGUAAUUUUUCUACUUUGAAGAUAAUUCAAAUGGGGAAAGAAAAAUCUGUUUUGGAAUUCUGUUCUAUUCCUCAGUAUCUGGAAAGUACUGACGCCAUGAAAUAAGCAAAGAGCUACCAUGGGAGCCACCGUCUUUGCGGGCUGCUGGUUUGUUGGCCAUUUGCUGCUGCUUGUUGAUAAAGGUCAUUUGAAUGUGGUACAAAGUUAGCUUCAAAAAGUACGGUAAUGAAGUCGAUGAAGCAUGCAACUCUAGAGAACUGAGCUCAGGUGUGCAGAUCUACUUUGAUUUGGGGUUUUGGAUAAUUUAUUUUCUGGAAAAAGUUUAUAACUGUGAUUUUUUUUUUUGAAGAAUAGCCAGGUGCUACAGAAUUUUUCAAUUUUUGUUGUAUUGAGAAGCUAAAUAACAAGGCCAAAAGAUUAAACUUUCCAAAUAUUUAACACUUUCAUCUUUCAGAAAAGUAUUUCAAACUGAAUUAGCAUUAAUUAUAAUUAUUUUAUUAAUGAAUUCCAGUAUUCUCCAAAUCUGUACACCUUUCUCACUCCCUGCCAUGGACAUACCUUAUGUUAUAAAUAAGUAUUCUACAUUUAUGGCAAGCAUUUUUUUUAAUACUGGUGUCUCUUAUCAUGACUUUAUUACUAAGGAUAUAAUUUGUUUAAGUUGCCUUUUGGCAUAAUAGAUCAUAGACAUGUUCUCUGAAUCAUAACCAUGGGUGGAUUUUCAUUUUAUAUGAUAGAGUUGCAUAUUAUAAGCAUAUUUUAAAAUAGAGCCUUUGAGAAAUUGAACGUUUUUAUUUGAAGUUCACCAUAGUACCUUAAAGGAAUAAAGAGAAUGUGGCUAGGAGUAACUUGAUUCAGGUUUAAUAUGGUGGGCUUUGAAUCUUUUCUGCUGUCAGAAACAGUACUUUUCUUUAGUUGAAAAACAUCAAAGUUUUCUUUUGUCACGGCCAAACUAACAGCUUAUAAGGAAUGGCCAGAAAAGAGGAAAGUAUCCAAAACUGUAUGGCAAUUUUAUUCCUUCUAAAGGAGAAAUACUGUACUUGAAUUUUUUGAGCUAUGCAGAUUUAUACCUAGAUUGUUGUAUUUCAUUGGUUCUUAGGAGAAAAGCUUUCUUCCUAAUAAUUCUUGUGCUGUGUAUUUUGCUUGAAAAUAUCUACAUACAUACAAAGGGUAUUUACCCAUUUUUGAGCACUCAAAACACUCCACAGAAUCAGACAGUGGGAAAGGUCACCUUUAUUUUAUUCAGCAGGUGUAAAGUGAGACUAUAUGGGGAUUGUGUAUAAAAUUAUAUUUUAUUUUAUGAAAAUAUUUUUAUACAACAAAAUUUAAAAGACUGGCAAUAGAAGCUAAAAGAUAGCUUUCUUUAAUCCUAGUGUGUUUCCCCCCAAUUUAGUGCUUUCUAAAUAACAUUUGUCUGUUUUAGAGUAGAAAAUAUUAUCUGAGAAUCGCAGAAUCAUCUGAAAGUGUUCUCUUGAAACUGGGAUGAGUGUAGGUCUUUAUUCCUCUUGUGCUUCAGCAGAUGAAUAAUUCAGUGGAUAUUUGAAAGUCAGUGUGUUUUUAUAUUUUUAGAGUGGGGAAAAAUACUAAAGGGGUUUUGAGGGGGGUUUUUUUGUUGCUGAUUUUUUUUAUCAUGUUAUAUUACUGAAGUCCACUUUGAUACAGAGUUUAAAUUUUGCUACUUCUCCAAAUCAGUUAAGAUGCUUCAGUUUUACCUGCCCAUCUUUACAUCGCUCCUGAAAGGUAUGUUAACGCUGUAUAUGGCAAAUCUUGUCUUGAAUUGUAUCAUUUUUUUCCUAUGAAUGUGUGUGUGUUGUUGGGGGGAGUGAUAUAAUUAAAAGCUUAUCAAAACAUGGGCUGAAAAAGAGAUAACUCAUAAUCCAUGUCUGUCCUUGUACUCAAAACCUGUUCAUUCCCAUGACACCAGAUCCAUACCGCUUGCGGUUUUAUUUACAGGCCUCACCUCAGAUCUUCCCAUGGAAUUCUGUCAUUUUUAAUGUGCUGUCCCAUCUAUAAAGGGGUUCCCCAAACUAACUGUAAGUCAGGGAUAUAAGGUACAAGGGGCACGAGGCACCUAAAUAAUAGCUGCAACAUGUGGUGUCGUAAGUACAACCGCAGCUUCUGAAGGUCGUUUCCUCCCAGAUUUGAUUGAGCCGCUGUGUUUCUGAGAACGCAUUCAGGCUGAAGCAGAGCAGUUGCAGGAUGCUUUUGUAUACAAGCACAUAGGUCCAUGACACAAUUAAGGACUUGUUUGACAAGGGUUAUACUCAUUGCAGAGAGACAGUUUACUUGAAUGAAUGAAAAGACACAUCAUACUAGAUUAUUAGGAAAGAAAGAGUUGGAAAUCUAAAAUUGUAGAAGAUAGACUUGUGCUUUGUAGAUCUGAAAGGCUAUGGAAGUAGAAAUCUAAGGAGUCGGGUUUGUUCUGUUAAUACCAAGUGCUCAGACAUACUAAACUGUAAGUAGUGUCAGCCUCCACCGUGAGCUCAUGCCUUCCUGCCCCUUGUUGUAUAGAAAUUUCUUUAAGUGAAAUUGUGUUGUCUGCUGUUGUUUUGGCGUUUAUGAACUUACUAUCACAAGUUCUGCUCGGCUCUAAUGUUCUUUGCCAUUCAUGUUUUCAUUUUAUUGUGCUCUAGCCACUGUAGGAACAAGUUGCUAUAAGAAGAGUUCUGGGUGUAUAGUUGUUAUUUGAGCUGCCUCAGUCUUAGUGGGUACAGAACAGACUCCUUUCUGAACAUUGGGAAGUAAGGAAUGAAAGUUAAGUGUUGAGUUUGUUGGAUUGUGGAUAGCCUGUUUUGGGGGUGGAUUUUAAGAGUCUACUCAAACUAAAGCUCCUAAAACCUUGAUCUACAGCCAGACUGCUAGACGUUCACUCAGUCCCCAUGUAGUUCAUGGGGCUGCGGGGGAGGGUAUGCAUCUCAGAAGGUACUGCAUCACCAAGGACAGCAGUUCCUGGGCUGAGUUUGCAAAACAAGACCUGAAUUUUGUAGGUAUGAUGUGAUUCUUCUCCCCUUUGCUUUUGUUAUUUUUUUAUUGGAAUUAUCUCUAAGAGUUUCCUUCCUCCUUCUGUCCCCCACACCCUCAUAUGUACUUUAAAGAAUAUAUAUAUAUUUUUUUUUGCUGGAUUUUGCUUUCUUUUAUUUUGUGCUUCAUUCUGCACAUUGGCAAGUAAGUACCAAAUGAAAAAUGGAAGUCCAAACGUAUGACAAACCUCCUCUUCUCCCUUUCCUUUAUUGCCUGUAUAGCCAAUAGCUAACAGAACAGUUGACUGAUUUCUUUGAGUGGCUCUUUGGAGGUAUAUACUUUAAAAAUGUACAUAUGUGUUUUGGUGUAUUUUUAUAUUCUUUCAUUUUAAUAUAUUUUGUCCUAAUGAAAAGUGAAGUAUUGUCCUAUGAAAAUCUCUUCUGUCCUUCCUACUUUGUUUCUGGGCAACAGCCACAGAGUAGUUAUUUGAUUUCCUUUUUUGGAAGGAGAUGGUGAUACGGGGAGAGGAACAGAAUGUGUUUUUUCUAAGACUGUGUACAAAUGUGAUUGCUGCUAUUUUGUGGGUGUGGUUUGAUUUUUGUAUUUCACUCAUCAUUCUCAUGGGUAAAUAGAUAGCUAAUGAACCGUGGAGGUCCAAAAAGUAUGACAGAUGUCGCAUGUAGCCUUCUCCUCCUUGCCUGUGUGGAAAUAACAGAGUGGCUGUAGUUGCUGUUGUUUUGACCGAAUCUAGCCUGAAGGUGGGGGUUGUAAGCUUUUGAGUAUACUUAAAUGUUAUACUACUUUUUACUGUUUCAUUUUAUAUGUGUCCCUUUGCAUGAAAGCAUAUAUACUUAAUGAAAACUGAGGUUCAGAGUAUGACAAAUCUCCUCUUUUCCCUUUUCCUUAUUGCCUCUUUGGGCAAUAGCUAAUAGAAUAGUUUUGUUUUGUGGGGUGGGAGAGAGUGGGGUGUGUACUUAAUGUAUAUAAAUAAUCUACUUUGUAUUAUAACCAGUUCAUUUUGUACUGCUUCCUCCUCAUAGGACAAGAAAGUACCUAAUGAGAGGUGGAGGCCCACACUUAUGACAGUCCCCUCUUGUCCCCUUCCCUUGUUGUCUGUUUGGGCAGUGGCUAGCAGAGUAGUCGUUGGGUGGAGUUGGGAGGGUGGGUGGGAGAGGGGAAGGUAGGGUCAUGUGUUUACUGUAUAUUCCUGUUUUUAUUACUAUUUCAAGUUAUUUCAUUGGGUGCGCAGACCAGAAGGUACCUAAUGAGACACGUAGGUCUGGAUGUGUAACAGUCUCCUUUUGUCCCCUUCCGUUGUUGCCAGGAUGGGCAGUGGCUAGUCAGUAGCUGAUUCAUUUCAGGGGUUGUUUUGUGGGUAUUGGGAUAAAUACUUUUAAAAUAUAUAUUCAUGUUUUUACUUCCUUAUUAUAGUAUUUCAGUGGGUUCCCAGUCCUUCACUUGGACACGUAGGUUCCUACUGAACCAUGAAGUUCUAGAUGUGUAGCAGAUCUCCUCAUCUCCCUUUCUCUUUUUCUCUAUGUAGACAAUAAUUCUAAAAUAAUUUGGGCUUUUUGAAGUUUUGUGGGGGCAGGGAGGGACUAAGGGCAGGAUAUAUCCUUCUGAAAACUGUAUGUGCAGUGGUUGUUACUCUACUGUGUUACCCGUCCCUUGGCUGGACACACAGGUACCUAAUGAGACAUGGAGGUCCGGAUGUAUGAAAAUCUCCUCUCUUCCCCUUCCCUUGCUGCCUUUGUGGGCAGUAGUUUUGGAGUAGUCUAGGUGAUUUUUCUAUCUCUACCAGGGUGGGGAUAUGUACUGUAAGUGUAUAUGAAUAUUUUUUCCUCCUUUUUCUGUUACUUCAUUGUGUACCUGGACCUUUCCACGGAUACUUAGGUACAUGAUGAAAGUUAAGGUUCAUUCUAUGAAAGAAAUCUCCUCCCCUUCCCGUAUUGCCCGUCUGGGCAAUGACUUGUAGCAUAGUUGUUUGAAGUCUUUUUUUUUUUUUUUUUGGCCAGGUGGUGGUGGAUUUCUGGGUUUGCACUGUUUUUUAAUGUAUAUAAAUGUUUGCUACAUUUUUCGUUCUUUCACUUCAAACCCAGUGUUCUGUUUGGACUUACAGAUAUCAAUUGUAAUGCAGAGGCCCAGAUGCAGAGAUGUAAUAAACCUUUUUCCCCUUCGCCUGUAGCCUGUGUACAUGGACAAUAGUAUAAGAGUACUUUAGGAUUUGGUUUUCUGUUCGUUUUUGAGAUUUUAAUGGAGAAUGAGCUUGUUAGGCAAGAUAGGUAAUUUUUUAAAUGUAUAUAAAUGUUUUUGGCUCUUUUGGUGUUCAUUUUAUUUUGAAUCUAGUCCUUUGCAUGACUGGGAACUUAAUGAAAGCUGAGAUUGAUUCUAUGAAACAGCUCCCCUAUUUCCCUUCCCUCAUUGCCUGGUGGGCAACGGUAGAAUAGAUGUUUGGCUUCUUUCUUUUAUCUUGGAAGGGUAGGGAUGCGGGUGGGGGAGGGACUAGGGGUGUGUGUGUAUGUGUGUGUGUGUGUGUGUGUACACAUAAAUAUAUAUACACAUACAAAUAUACUUUUUAAAAUGUAUAUAAAUGCUACAUUUUGUGUGUUCUUUCAUUUAGUACAGCGUCCCUUGCUGGGGCUUGUAGGUGCAUAAUGAAACUUGGAGGUCCAGAUGUAUGAUAAAUCUCCUCUGCUCCCUUCCCUCACUGCCUGCAUGGGCAAUAGUUUAAUAAUUUGGGAUUUUUUUUAAGAGGGAGGGACUAUUUGGAUGGGUAGUGGUUAGUAGGAAAGGACAGGAUAUGAACGUUUUUAAAAUGUAGGUAAAUGUUUUCAUGUUACUGAUUUUGUACCUAGCCUUUUCGGUGGGUGUCAAGGUACCAAAUGGAAAUUGUAUUUAUUGUAGGACAACCCCCCUCUCCCCUUACUCUUAUUGCCUGUGUGGGUGACAGCAAGUAGAAGGAUUGUGCAUUCUUUACUUCCUUGUUUUAGAUAGAUUUAUAGUUUGGCAGGGGAAUAUUCUUAAUACAUAUGAAUGUUUUUACCUCUUUGUUAUUUUGUACUUAGUUCUUUGCGUGGCUGUGUAGGGACCUAAUGAAAAUUGAGUUUCAAGAAUGGACAGAUUACUUCUUCCUUUCCCACAUAUUUACUCCUUCAACUGGAGCUAGUAUAUUGCUUUGUGGUUAUAUUUUCUGGGAUAUAUUCCUUUAAAGAUGUAAAUAUAUACAUGCACAUAUAUAACUUGCUUCAUUUUCCCCCCCUUAUUUUUCUUUAAUAAAUAAUUAGUUCCCUUACAGGGUUGUGAUUGUAUCUUAAAGAGCGUCCCACCAAAUCCCUGCCAUCUGACCUGAAGGUGUAACAUUGUGGUGGUGUGACUAAAGGCAACAGGCAUGUAGCAGAUAGGAUGGGAGAAGACACUGGGACAUGCUUGGGCUGUGAAAGCUAGUCAGAUCCAGCAUUUCUUAGGUUGAUUCAAACUGAAUGAAAUGGCAAGGGACCUGUACUUUGGAAAUUAUAGAAAGUCAAGAAGACAGUACUAAGUAAAAGUAUGUUUAAAUUUUAUCGUCAAUCUUUCAGUAACUGGUAAACCAGUCGACAUGCUGCCUAGAACUCAUAUGAAGACCCUUGAGAGUAGCUUCUUUUCAAGACCUGAAAUUCUGACUCACCUGCAGGAGUCUGCUGUAGUUCCAUCGGUAGCAUAUUCUUGUGUACUCAGCAGAAAUUAUUUUGGUUUUUGGAAUGAACCUUUGGAGUUAGUGUCAUGGUUCUAGUGAAUGACAACAUGAGUCCCAAAACCAAUCCAAAAGGAAUUUGGGUGGCAAGCCCUGCCUUCCAGCACCUUACAAGUGGUAGGGCGAGUGGCCCUUUCCUACCCAGAGCUCUUCUGCGUGGCUGUGUCCCUCUCUCCUCAUUUCUCCAUUAGCUGAACCAUUCCUGUUCAUUUUUCCUUUUUUGUCUUCAGUGCCUCCACUGUUAAAUGUUACCUACGAGUGCACUCGAAGAUGUAAACCUGUUUUGCCUCAUUAGCUGUAUGUUUUUGCAUGCAUUUCAUACAUCCAAACCUGUGUAUUCACUUUCAGCAUUCUUGAAUAUUUCACAUGGACUUCAUCCACCACAUGGUCAAUGUUAUGAAUCCACAUUUGUCUGUCUCAAAGAAAAUGCAUGUGUAACAUCCAUCCAUCCCUCCCUCCAAGCUUCUGAGCACUGUUUGCUCUGCAAUUUAUAAUGAAUAUAAUGUUGAAGAUUUGCCAUAUUAUUUUAGAAACAUUGAGUAAUAGUAUGCCUAGAAAAUUUGCAGAGAUGUUACCAUAUCAAACUCUCAGGUCCUAGUGUUGAAAAAUUUAGCUUAUACUUUGCUGUUACUUAUACCUGCUGAUGUAGAAAAAACAAAAAAGUUUGUUCGUGAUACAUUUAACUUUGAUCAUAAGUAAAAGAGAAAGGGGCACGUUUUUGGCAUUAGUCAUGGUAGCCUUAUGGUAUUUCUGAGUGGUUCUUAAUUUGAGAUACUUCAAAGGAAGUAAGGUUCAUGGCUUAGCUGAAUGAAAUGCUCCAGAAGUUGAACUGUAUAAAAGCAUCAGCACAGUAAUACACUCGUGUGUAUAAAAUGAGAAUUUCAGCAUAAUUUGGAGCAUUUGCAUUAAUCAACAAACUCACAUUGAGACAAAACUUAAUUUUUCAGCUAUCUUGAUUAAAGCCAAGUGUUCCAUGUAGCUGUGGAUAGUCUAUCAAACACUUUAAAAAGUAACUACUUCAAAACUUGUAAAGGUAUCACAUUUUUGUAUUUAAACACUUAUAGAGAUCUCCAGUUCCUCCAAAUCCGAGUUUGUGGGUAGAAUUCUAAAUUUGUAUCAUAAUCUUGUCUUUUGUGGAAGAUUUUGAAAAUAGUAUGUGUACAUAAUAUUAUAUAUACAAAUUGUGUUUUGUCACUUGUAAAGGGAAAAGGCUUAUUUUUCUUUAUACUUCUGGUAACUUGUUUUGCAUAUGACCAGCACUGACUGAAAGGCAUGUGUACCUGCAAACACUGUUGCUUUUUUUGUGAAAUGAAAAUAAAAGUAUUUAAAUAUAAA